CAGAUGCUAUGUUCUCGCUGACCGCAAUUGUUUCGUUGUCAAACUCAAAGUGGUUUCAUUCAGUCUGUCAAACCAAGGGGUUUUGAUAAACGUCCCUGGUACAAUUUGUCAUUUUAACCUUUCAAGAAACUACACAGAAGAAAAGAGCAGCAUCAGAGAUAGAGAUAUUCUCGGUGGCACGUAGCAGCCAUGCUGGAGGAUGGCUGUGUGUUGAAGUGCCGGCGCUGUCGUUCAUCCCUGGUGAACGGACGCUGCGUUGUCGGCAGUCAUGGCGGCGGUGACUCCUGUCCCAUGGAAGGUCUGUCCACACUAUGGUACAUCAGUGAUAACAACAUCCCUGACUGGAUACAGGACCAAAUCAUCCAGGUACACUGGACCAAAGGACGGCUCCUGUGCCCAAAGUGUGGCGGCCGGCUGGGCUCAUUUGACUUUGUCUCCCUGGUGAAGUGUCCCUGCGGUGAUCAGGUCUUCCCUCCUAUACACAUCCAAAGGUGUCGUGUGGACGUGGACAAAGUCUCGCCAAAACACAUACCCAAAACACAGCAAGGGGAAAAGUUACCUUUAAAAAUGUGUGAAACAAAGGAACAGGCCUGUGGUAUUGUUUCACCAGAACAUUUGGCAGGUGGACAGCUGGCAGACAAGCACUAUGAGAAGCCAAAGAAAAACCGGAAAACAGAUGUUGCAACUGUGGGAACAGGCGAUGCACCUGUUGGAACAGGUGUAUCUGUUAGAACAGGUGUUUUACCUGCUAGAACAGUUGUUACACCUGCUAAGACAAGACUUAGUGUUGCACCUGCCAGAAAAGUUGUCACACCUGGCGGAACAAGUGUUGUACCUGCUGGAACAGGUGAUGCACCUGCCAGAUCAAACACUGCACCUGCUGACACAGGUGCCUCAUAUGUAGCUGAUGAUGGAGUUGCUGAAACGGAUUCCUCUGUCAGUGACAUGGCAGAGUCAACUUCCAGCACUAUAGAUGAGGAGGAAUCAGAAGGAGACCAAACCACAAGGACUGCUGCCAGCUGGCAGCGCCCUCUAGUGGUUACAGAUGGUGAUGACAGUUGUAUCCAUGACACAAACUUGUUCCAAGUGUUAGAGGGCUUGGACGGAGGGAACACAGGACACACAGCAGACAGACGGAGGAUCAAGAGGCAAACAAAGAGGGAGAGAAACAAGCUGAAGAACAUUCGUAAGAAGCAGAGAAGACACGAGAAGUGGGUGAAGAAACAGACCCAGGAAGUUGAGCAGUUUGAGGAGGCUGAGAGAGAAGGACUGAUCUGUCCCGUCUGUCUGGACCUGUACUAUGAACCGUACAUGUGUCAGCCAUGCGGACAUGUCUUCUGUGACCCUUGUCUCAGACAGGUCGCUAAGGAUGACCCUGGCUGUACGGCCUGUCCACUGUGCCGUACUGUGGUCAUCACGGUCAACUACUCUUACCAACUUAGUAAGACCAUGCAGGAGUUUUUCCCACGACAUCACGAGUCGCGGCGCCGUGCAGAACGCCAGACCCAGUACAAGAGCUGGCCACUCCCAGGGGUCACCGGUGCCCGUGCCCUGUGGUGGACGACCGUGACCUCGCUGACCUCUCGCCGGGGUGGGCGGAACUACCCUCACUACCGCAGCAACGACGAUGAUCUGAACUACGACGGGAGCAUGUUUGACGAACUCUUAGUGUACUUCUACUCUAUCAACUGGAUCAUAGGUUUGUUUGUGGUUUGUGGACUGUGUUAUUUUACCAUACGUUCUUUCAUUUUCUAAAACAAGACAGCCAGUAAUUAGAAUAAAACAAUCAUGAUGCAGAGUUGUCAACAUAGAUUUUUAUUACCAACUCAUUUGAUGUAUUUUAAUAUGAGUGAAUGAUGUAAUAGUAUUUGUGUGUGGACAUAAAAUUUGCGACUGUAUUGAAAACAUGACCAGAAUUCUGCAAGCUCACCAUGUGUACAGUCCAGUUUUGACUUCUGUUGCAAAAUAAAGGUUGAAGUACAUGUAGCUUAGGUAUCAAUCCUUCAUUAGUUAUGCUUGCUCUCUCACUAGUGUGUUCUCACCAUUGUUAGUAAUACAUGUACAAAAUGUACAUUCUCAACAAUGCAGUGAGAGCACCAUAAUAUGGGGGCAGGUUUAAACUAAUGAGGAUGUACCCAAGCUACUUCAACUUGAAGAGAAUCUUUUCCAUGCAUAGCACUACUUACAAUAUUUAUUAUUUGAGCUUAUAUCUAGAAACUUAGUGUAUGUAGUUGGGAGAAAAACUGAACGGGAGCUGAUUCUAUAAAUAACCUGUUUGUUUGUCUCAUUAACAUUAUUUCUGCUGUCAUGUCUGCUGUAUGGAAAAGGUGUAUAGGUUUGGAAACCAGGCUAUGACGAGAAAACUUCCAACAGAGCUUCCAUGACUUGUCAAUCUACUUGCAAUGGAACAACUGUAUUACGUUAAAUAAUGUCCAUAUAAGUAAAAAACAUGUCAACAGGGCCAAACAGGUUUGAAAUUCACUUUAAAAUCCUUUGUUUAUAACACUGAAGUGACAGAAUACAAUGUGUAAAGUAACAACUUAGUAUCAUAAUAAUACUAUUUCAUAAUGUGCAAUGUGUUACAAAACUACAUAAUAUCAUAACUUAAGUCUUAACCUUAUAAUUUUUUGUUUAGAACAUUGAAACAUAGAGUGAAACACAUACACUACUUGACUUCAUAAUUAACAUUGCUUGUUUGACAAGCAUAAAAUUUCUUCAAAAUUAAACUUUAUUACAACGGUU